AUGGCACAAAUUUUUUGUCGUUUCAAUGACCGGCAUAAGAAUUUCAAAUCAAUCACAGUGCUGAAUCACUAUUACCCCAACUAUAACAUAAAAUUGGCACAAACUAAAAAAUUUUCCGAGGAGUUUUUUGUAAAGUACAAUCCAUACUUAAAGAAAUAUUUGAAUUGUCAGCAGCUCCAGCCAAGUAACAUAACCGAAAUACUGGGGCAUUUACUGCAAAUAGAAGAUGCACAUACAAUGCAGCCGUACUGCAGCUUACGUCUUAACGGUAUUAAAGCAAAAAAAAGUGGUAAGAAACGUCUUGAAUUUGAGAUGAAAAAGAAGCCAAAUAUCAAUAUCGAUGAUGUGCUUAGUUUCAAAACUGAUGAAGUGGUCUUUGUUCCACGGCAAAGUACGGCUUUCGCACAAAGUGGAAUUAAAUUUCCGAUAGAUUUGCUCACGGUUCAUGGGCAUGAAAAUGUGAACACAGAUGAUGAACUGCGACGCCAUGUGAGAGUUUUGGAGACGGUUAAAAAAAAUACAGUAUAUGUCAAAAAAAUAACUAAGAAAUGUCCGGAUUUUGAUUUGAAAAAAAGUUACGAUAUUAUUUUUCGUCCAAAUCGUUUCAAUUUUCGUGUACAACAUCGUGCGUUGGAAUUGUUGGACAUUUUGAGUUGUGGAUAUGUCUUCCCUCCCGCCAAUUUGACUAAAGUGAUUGGUACUACAGAUGAUAGUUUGGAAAUUAUUAAUAAACAGAUUUGUGGCAAUCCCGAGCAGAUACAAGCAGUGAAGCGAAUCGUGGCCGGUGCGAAUCCUUAUGCUCCAUACAUAGUUGUGGGACCACCAGGUACUGGCAAAACCACAACAAUCGUUGAAGCUAUUUUGCAGCUUUACAUAAGCAUGCCCAGUUGCCGCAUCUUAAUUACAGCCGGCUCAAAUUCGGCUUGCGAUACAGUGGCACUCAAAAUAUGUGAACUUUUCCAAAGCAAUCCACGACUUAUCGAAAUAUCUCGCCAACGGAUAAAACUAGAUGAAAAAGGCAAAGCUGAACCACCAAAAGAUAUGUUACGCUUAUUUUCAAGUUCGUGGGUUGAAAAAACUGGUUAUAAAAAUAUUAAUCCUUUGAUUGAGAAAAAUGCAAAUUUUGAAAACGGCAAGGUUGUAUCACCCGCCGUGAACGUACUAAUGCAAUAUCAAAUACUUGUUGCAACUCUCUGCACUAUGGGCCGCUUGCGUACUGGUAUCCUUGGUCACUGGCCGUUUACGCAUGUUUUCAUAGAUGAAGCGGCUGCAACUACGGAAGCAGAAGCUUUGGUUGCCAUAACUAGUAUUAAUACGACAAAGUGUCGUGUAAUAAUGUCAGGAGAUACAAAGCAACUAGGACCGGUGGUCAUGUCAAGAGUUGCCGGCGAACUUGGUCUGAAAAAUUCGCUCAUGAAACGCUUACUCGAACGCGAAUGUUAUGCGGUGAAAGAGGAUGGCACCUAUGACCGCACUUUGCAGACACGUCUACUUCGCAACUAUCGAUCACAUCCGGAAAUAUUGCGUUUGUUUAAUCAUUUGUACUACAAAGACGAGUUGAUUGCAGAAGUGAAAAUGGACACCCUAAAGUACUGGGAUGAGUUACAAAUACUUCCAAACAAGAAGUUCCCCAUCAUUUUCGAAGCCGUAUAUGGCAGGCUGGGCCAGUCAAAAUCAUCGCAAAGCUCGUACAAUCAAGCAGAAGUUAAUAAAGUCAUUUGGCUUGUCCACAAAUUACAAAAGCAUGCCGAUCUCAAUCAAAUCGGUAUUAUUUCACCUUACAGACUGCAAUGCGCAAAAAUUAAGGAGAUAUUGAAUAUCCGGAAAUUGAAGGGCAUCGAAGUGGGUACAGCUGAAUUAUUUCAAGGACGCGAAAAAGCAAUUAUUAUAGUUUCGUUUGUGAAGUCAUUUAGCCAUUUGGGCUUUGUAACAGAUCCACAGCGACUGAAUGUAAUACUAUCUCGAGCACAGUCUCUACUUAUACUUGUGGGAAAUCCUGAAACUUUGAAGAGCAAUGGUGAUUUUGAGUACCUCAUAGGUGAAUGCAAACGGAUGGAAACGUUCCACAAAAUUAAUUAGAAUAAAAAUGUACGAGUUCCUUAAAUGGAUGAUUGGAAAACAAGUGCCUUGACAACUGCAUCACCAGAAUAUUUAUUUGAAGUAUUUUUUUUAUUUCUGCUAAGCACAAUGUACUUUGUAUGUAUGUAUUUUAUAAAUUAAUCUUUUAUGUGUACAUACAUUCGUAUGUAUACAUGUAUGUCUAAGCAGCAAAAUUUUAACGAAUUCUUAAAUUGUUUAUUGGUAUGCAUUUAUAUCUUUGCA